AUGUCGACCGACUACCAAACCUACCAACUAGGCGACUUCCCCCUCCAAAGCGGCGGCACCCUCCCCGCCGCCUUCAUCGCCUACAAGACGUUCGGCUCCCCUUCGAGCCCUGCGGUGCUCUACCCAUCAUGGUACUCCGGGCUGAUCUCGGACAACGAAUGGCUGAUCGGCGACGACAAGACCCUCAACCCAGCCACAUACUUCGUCAUCAUCACCGCCCUGUUCGGCAACGGCCAGAGCACCAGCCCGAGCAAUUCGCCCGACAUCAUCCCCUUCCCAGACGUGACCUUCUACGACAACGUCAAGGCCCAGCAUCGCUUACUCACGGAGAAACUAGGCAUUGACCACCUCCGCGCCGUGCUGGGCUGGUCGAUGGGCGCGGCCCAGACGUUCCAAUGGGCCACGCAGUUUCCGGACAUGCUGGACAUCGCGGUCCCGUUCUGCGGGUCGGCGCGCACGAGCAUCCACAACCAGGUGUUUCUCGAGGGCGUCAAGUCCGCGCUGUUGGCCGCCAAGGGCGUCUCUAGCCGGGGGAGUACAUUGGGACGAGUCGAGCCGGCGGGGAAGAAAAGCAGGACCUGGACGGACGAGGAGCGGGCCGUGGGUCUCAAGGCCUUCGGAAGGGGGUACGCGGGCUGGGGGUUCAGCCAGGCGUUUUACCGCGAGAAGUUGCAUGAGAAGGCGUACGGCGCCAAAUCGCUCGAAGACUUCAUGACCUCCUUCUGGGAAGCCUGGGCCCUGUCCAAAGACCCCGAGAAUUUGCUGGUCAUGCUGCACACCUGGCAGGCCGGCGACGUGAGCAAGCAGGAACCCUACGACGGCAAUUUCGAGAAAGCAAUGGCGAGCAUCAAGGCCAAGACGCUCGUCUUGCCGAGUAAAACCGAUUUGUAUUUUCCGCCCGAAGACUCAGAAUACGAAGUGGCCAACAUGGCGGCCGGAGUAGGCACACUCGACGUCUACCCGUCCAUUUGGGGACACUGGGCGGGCGGACCGCCUGGGAACAUGGACGACGUGAAGUGGUUGGAUGAGCGGUUGGCCAAGAUCUUUGCAGAGGCGCCGCGUCGCGGGUGA